GAAGAAGAAGAAGAAGAAAGAACCCAGAAAGGUGUGGGGGAGGGAGGGGAGAGUGAGAGAGGAGACAAUUUCGAGUUGUCUCUGUCUCUCUCUGAUUCUUCCGUUCCUUGUUGCUUCUUCUCAGACAUUUCGUCGAGCAGAUCGCAGACGACAUGAGGUUCCCGGCCUCCGCCUUGUACAUUCAUGGUUGAUCGAAGCUCUCCGUUUCGCCGUUUCGGAAUUCCGCUCUGUAAACUCUAUCUCUCUCCCCCUCUCUGUAUGUGAAGUUUCCGUUUUUCCGAUUCCUGAAUUUUCCGCGCUGUUCUCUGUUGAAAACAAACCCUAGCCGCUUGAAUUUGGAGUUUUGAGUUUUGAACUCUGUGUGAUGGGGUAUCGGGGUGACGGUGGCGGGCACGGCGGGUCCGGAGGGCCGAAAGUGGAUGAUCGUUUGGCGGCGGCGGCUCAUCCUGAUCCGUCGUCCAUUGGCGACGAGUGCUGGGCCGCGGCGGAGGAGACGGCCAAGGAGUUGGUGAAUUGUAUCCACCCCACCAUGGAUUCAGAGGAGAAGAGGAAGGACGUCAUGGAGUAUGUCCAGAAACUGAUCAGAGAUUAUCUUGCAUGCGAGGCUUUCCCAUACGGAUCGGUGCCGCUGAAGACUUAUCUUCCUGAUGGAGAUAUAGAUUUGACUGCUCUUACUAGUCCAAAUGCUGAAGAAUCUCUAGCACAUGAUGUCCUUGCUCUUCUAAGGGCAGAAGAACAGAAUGGAAAUGCUGAGUUUGAAGUCAAGGAUACUCAAUUCAUUGAUGCUGAGGUUAAACUUGUUAAAUGCCUUGUACAGAAUGUUGUAAUUGAUAUAUCGUUUAAUCAGUUAGGAGGUCUUUGCACACUUUGCUUCUUGGAGCAGGUGGAUCGUCUUGUUGGAAAGAAUCAUCUUUUCAAACGCAGUAUUAUGGUGAUAAAAUCUUGGUGUUAUUAUGAAAGCCGAAUUCUCGGUGCUCAUCAUGGUCUUAUUUCUACUUAUGCAUUGGAAGCACUGGUCCUAUAUAUCUUCCAGUUUUUCCAUUCAUCCUUAAAUGGUCCUCUAGCGGUUCUUUAUAGAUUUUUGGAUUACUACAGUAAGUUUGAUUGGGAGAACUACUGUGUUAGUUUGAAUGGACCGGUUUCCAAGGCAUCCCUUCCUGAGAUUGUGGUGUACAAGCUUGACAAUGGAAUGGAUGAUGCAUUGCUCAGUGAAGAGUUUUUGAGGAACUGUAUGGAAAUGUUUUCAGUUCCAUCUAGACUCAACGAAAAUGGUAGCCUAUGUCCAUUUAAACUAAAGCAUCUCAAUAUUAUUGACCCGUUGAAGGAAAACAAUAAUCUUGGGCGCAGUGUGCAUAGAGGUAAUUACUAUCGCAUACGUAGUGCUUUCAAGUACGGAGUACGCAAGCUUGGACGGAUUCUCUCAUCCCCUCAGGAUAAAAUUGGAGAUGGGAUAAAAAAGUUCUUUGUGAACACCAUUGAUAUGCAUGGCCAUAACCACUUAAAUAGUUUAAAGAACUCUUCUCCCCUAAAGUUUUACCCCAAGAGCUCAGAGCCAAUAUCGUACGAGGAUGAAAUGCCAUUAAAACCAUUAUCUGUCUAUUGCAAUGAUAAUUACAAAAAUUUUGAGUGUGAGGAUAAAAAGGAUUCUUCCAUAUUAAGGAACGGGGUGGACAAUUUGAUGAUGAAACAAGUUUUUGAAAACAGCUGCUUUGCCCCUGGGGACUGGGCUCCUACAAUCAGCACAGAUUGGGGCCCCACCCAAAGCUGGCAAUUCGAUUGCCUUAAUGGGAAGACAUUUUUUGGGCCAUGGAUAGACCAAGGAGAGGUACCUCUGGAUCAUGUGACGGAUUAUAGUGAUAGUCUAUGUUCUGUUGAUUCAGCAAUCUCGACCCCAAAGGCUAGCAGCAUUUUAGAAAGUUUGCCCCUUGAUUUUCGGGAAAGGGACUUAGCGAGCAUAGCUGGGGAUGAUUUGGAAGCUUUGAAUCCUCUGGCUGACCUCACAGGGGAUUAUGACAGUCAUAUCAGGAGUUUGGUGUAUGGCCAGUGUUGCCACGGGUAUGCAUCAAUGACAUCAUUAUUGCCCGAUCCCCUAUUUGCUCAAUCUCAAUUUCAAGACUCCUUUCAAUAUUCAACAAUAUUCAGGCAAGAUUCUUUUACAAAUACGAGUUCCAUGUUUGUGGGACCCACAUUCAUCCCCUCGCCUGCUAACAACCCACUACCAUCAAAUGGUACUUGUCAUGAAGAGAAGCCAAAGCUGUCAAUAGCCAAACCUUUCAUACCAACGAUGGAUCGCUCUUGCAAAGUGAAGGGUGGAGGUAAUAAAGACCUCUGCAGUAAAAUCCAGUUCCAAAAAGGGACCAGUAGCAACGGAUGGAUUCCAGUGUUGUCUGAGGCAAACGGUUGGGGAAAUGAUGAUUUCAAGCAAGAUUUUUCUUUACACUCCCAAACGUCUUGCAAGAAAUACGAGAAGCUCUCGUCAUCCAACCAAUACCAUUACCAUCACAGUAGAUAUUCUUCUGUUGACGAAAAUAGCCUUCCGAAUUCGCUCAGUGAGAUUGAGUUUGGGUCAUUAGGGAAACUCUGCGAUACCUCUCUUUCAGCCCCAACCAGUCGUUAUGAUAAACCAUCAGGUGGAAAACAGAUGUGGUGCAGAAAAGAAAGAUUUGCAGACCAGCCCUUCCGCUUGAAGAACGAAGACGAGUUCCCACCAUUGACGCCCAUGUGACCAACCAGUGAGGAAGUGAAUGAAACCAUAUAUGAGAUAUAGUAGCUGCUAACAUACCAUAGAAACAUUAGUUGGUUUUUCAAAGGUUUAAAUAUAGGGAAAGCAUAGAUAAGAGAGAUAAGUACUCUGUAAAACUUUA